GCCCGUGGAGUCGACGUGUGGCUGGCGGUCGGUCGGGGGAAUAUUUUUGCUGAGCUGGGCAGUUGUUUACAUCCGGAGGACUUGUUAGUCACACCGCCCCUUCCGCCGCGUCCUUCCGUUCCAAGAUUCCCCCUGAUCACUCCCGUGAUCCGCGGUCUCAUUCUACCACCUUAGAUUUCUCGACAACGAAUCAACACUUACCUGCUGACGGAGUUCGAACGAGAACGUAUCACACAUUAUUCUCGAAAUCAACGUGGACUAUUGCGAAUCCGAAACAUGAAGGUGACAGUGACGACGCUCAGCGACGACAUCUUCGUCCUGGACGUGAGCGAGGAGUUGGAGCUAGAGAACUUCAAGGCGUUCUGCGAGAUCGAGAGCGGCGUGCCGGCCCAUGAAAUCGUCAUCGCGUUCAACGGCCUGCCUCUCAUGGACGAUAAGAAAUCGCUGCGCGAUCAUGGUAUCCGCGACGGCGACGCGGUCAUACUCCAGCACAUGCACCAGAGCGGCAGCGACAUGAACCUGCAACCUUUCAAUAGAGCCAUUCCGUUACUGGACUUCAGUUCCAUCAGAGUUCCCGGGUCAUCUAACAAUCGUCAACCUCCAACGAACGCGAACAGCAGCAGAGUGCAGAAUCCCCGCAGCGAGGACGAUCCCGCGCUGAUAAAGAACAUGUUCCUGGCUAAUCCGGAUCAGCUGGCGUUGCUGAAACAAAACAAUCCCAGAUUAGCCGACGCACUCUUGUCUGGGAAUCUGGAUAGAUUUUCGACUGUACUCAGAGAGCAGAUAAACGCUCGAGAAGAACGCCAGGCGCAACGGCUGAGAAUGAUGAACGCGGAUCCGUUCGAUACGGAGGCGCAGCGACUGAUCGCUGAGGAGAUCAGGCAGAAGAACAUUGAGGCUAAUAUGGAGGCCGCGAUGGAGUACAAUCCGGAGACCUUCGGCACCGUUGUCAUGCUGUACAUCAAUUGCAAAGUCAACGGGUUUCCGGUCAAAGCGUUUAUCGAUUCAGGUGCGCAAACAACGAUAAUGUCUGCCAGCUGCGCCGAAAGAUGCCAUAUUAUGCGGCUGGUAGACACAAGGUGGGCCGGAGUCGCCAAAGGCGUCGGCAUUCAACGUAUAAUCGGCCGUAUACACAUGGUACAAAUACAGAUCGGCAAUGAUCAUCUAACCACGUCGUUCAGCGUUCUCGAAGAACAGCCUAUGGACAUGUUGCUGGGUCUGGAUAUGCUCAAGAGACAUCAAUGUUGCAUAGACCUGAAGAAAAACGUCUUAAAAAUUGGAACCACCGGCACCGAGACCUCGUUUCUGGCAGAAGGUGAUUUACCCGAGUGUGCAAGACUGAGCGGCAAUAGCGAUGACGUAUUGGACGAUAGAGAUCUCCAGCGCGCUCUUGAAGACAGUUCGAGGGAUGCCAAAAAACAAAGACAGCAAAAUGAUGGUCAAGGAAGCAGCAACCAACCUGGUACAUCUAUGUCGUCCAGCAGAUCCGCUGUAUUAGAGACGACAGUCUAUCCGCACGAUCCGUUCACGGAAGUCACAGUCAAGGAAUUGGAAGCUCUGGGCUUCACGAGGGCGCAAGUAAUCGCAGAACUGCGUAGAUUUAAAGGGGAUAAGACACAAGCCACCGCCGCGCUGUUCGCAAAAUCAUUGAAAUUCUGAAUGUUAAAAAGACGUUGCGCGCUUAAGAGAAAAAGAAAAGACAUAUAGCGAAAUUGUGAAUACGGGACACGCAAUAAAGACGGAGGGGACCCACGAUCGUUAAAGCAAUUUUUAAGUAUCGUCUGGCGCCGUCUGAUAGCUAUUUGUUAUACUUUCUAUACUUUCAUAGUAUCGGGCAAUUUUUAUAACUCAACAAUUUUGCAAUCAAGUACACGCAUUUCGGGCCUGAUUACGUAAAGUCACAUAAAUGAUUCAUAGGAACGAGUUGUAGCAAUGACGUAAAGGAUUCACAAUUCCGAGCUGCUAUAGGAGAGAAAGAUAUUAAAUUCGCGAAAUAUAUUCACAACUUUAUGUAUUUUUUUGUUGCACAUAUGUGCAACGCUUAAAUAAAUCGCAUUACUUCCACAUUGAAUCACAUCAGGCUCUUGAGAAUAAGUUGAAAAAACGUCGAAUUGUUAAUGAAACUUGAUACUUAGUACGAUCACCGCGAUGCAGUAGGUUUGCGAUACACACUGAAUAUCCAGAUUUAAUUCGAUCUUCACGGCCUCACAUGCGAGAUUCACGCGUACACAAUUUGCUAAACAGAGACACAAUAAGCCGUAAGAUUUUUCUACGUGUCACGAAACAUAUGUCAAUCAUUCGCGUUCCUUUGUAAUAUUCCGUUUAAAUGAUGAAUAUGAACAAAUGUAUAUACACAUCUAGUAUUAAUAGAUUCUAAAUGAAUCGUGCACGGUAUGGCGCAAACAGAAUCCACACGCGAGGAUGCCGGUUUUUAUGGUUUAACGAUUUGCUAGUGUUUUGAACAUUUUCGAAUCUGACGUACGAUUAGCUCAAACUCAGUUCCUCAUUGUUUAUUAAAGAAACCGACUGACUCAUGUACAUAAAAUGAUAAUGACAGACGAAUAGAUUUUCCAUUUCUCUUUUUUUACGAGAAUCUUUGUUACAGAAAGCGAUUCUUAUACAAACGCGCAUCAGUUUUACGGGUAACGUCGAUUUUUGUACUAUCGCUAUUUUUUCCCUUUAAUAAGGUAUUUGGUAUAUCAUUGUAUUCUCUUGGUCAACGAUAAAAGUCGUGACGAACUGUA